AUGGGUGUGUGGAAGGGGUGGAGGUUGAGUUUGUUGAAGCUGCCUCUGUUGCCGCAACCAAACCAUAAAAGCAACAAGCAUGUGUGUUGGAGAUCGACCGCCACAACGACGCCGUUUCAGCAGCGGAAGCCGAUCUCUUGGUCUGUGGUUUGCGGGUUGAUGCUGUUCGGGUUGGGUCUAAUUUCGCUUUUGACGGGUCACAUGGCUUCUGAUCUUGAAUGGUACUCUCAGCGAUUGGUUCACCGCACUUUCUACUCUAGGCUGGAUGGCAACUAUCGUGCGCCAAUCGAUAUUUGGAAAUCGCAGUAUUCCAAAUACUAUUACGGAUGCAGUGAGAGGGGACGCCAUUUUGCUCCUGCUGUGCGUGAGCGGCUGUCAAAUGGAUACUUGCUUAUUGCAACUAGUGGAGGAUUGAACCAACAAAGAACUGGGAUAACAGAUGCUGUUGUUGUUGCACGAAUUCUGAAUGCCACACUAGUUGUACCUGAGUUGGAUCAUCAUUCUUAUUGGAAGGAUGACAGUGACUUCAUCCACAUUUUUGAUGUUGAUUGGUUCAUUUCUUAUCUCGCAAAAGAUGUUACUAUUGUCAAAAGAGUUCCUGAUAAGUUCAUGCGGUCAAUGGAGAAACCCCCAUAUACAAUGCGUGUUCCAAGGAAAUCAGACCCUGAUUAUUAUCUUGAUCAAGUUUUGCCUAUACUUUUGAGACGACAGGUUGUUCAAUUGACAAAAUUUGACUAUAGACUUGCAAAUAACCUUGAUGAUGAUCUACAAAAAUUACGUUGCCGUGUUAAUUUUCAUGCUUUGAGAUUUACAAGACCUAUUCAAGAACUUGGUCAAACACUUGUUAUGAGAAUGCAAAAAAUGGCACGCCGUUUCAUAGCUGUCCAUUUGAGGUUUGAACCGGAUAUGCUAGCAUUUUCAGGUUGUUAUUUUGGUGGGGGAGAGAAAGAGAGACGUGAACUUGGUGAAAUCAGAAAAAGGUGGACAACAUUACCUGAUUUGAGCCCAGAUGGAGAGCGGAAGCGAGGGAAAUGUCCUCUUACUCCUCAUGAAGUGGGUUUGAUGCUGCGGGCGCUCGGUUUUACAAAUGACACGUACCUCUAUGUUGCAUCGGGAGAAAUAUAUGGUGGGGAUGAAACUAUGCAGCCUCUCAAAGAUCUUUUCCCCAACAUCUAUACAAAGGAGAUGCUUGCUGAGGAAGAGCUGAAACCUUUCCUUCCAUUCUCUUCCCGCCUUGCUGCUAUUGACUACAUUGUUUGUGACGAAAGUGACGUAUUUGUAACUAACAACAAUGGUAACAUGGCCAAGAUUCUUGCAGGUCGAAGGAGAUAUAUGGGUCACAAAAGAACAAUUAGACCAAAUGCGAAGAAACUUAGCACGCUAUUCACGGGAAGGCAUCAGAUGGACUGGGAUACCUUCGCCAGAAAGGUUAAGGCAAGCCAGAGAGGAUUCAUGGGAGAGCCAGAUGAGAUGAGACCUGGACGAGGUGAAUUUCACGAGUUUCCCGGCUCUUGCGUGUGUGAGAAACCAUAUGUGGAUGAAGAACUUAGCAAAGAGGGAUACCGACCUCCUAAAAUAAACCUUACUGCAAAAGCUGAUUCCUCAUCGAAUGGAAUUAGAAGGACCAGCACAUGAUAAAUGUAGACUUUGAAACGGGGGGGAGGUCAUCGAGUGGGAGGGAAAAAAGAAUACACAGUUUUUCACACGAUUUGUCUUUGUAAAUCGUUAGGGGAUCCAGUUCAAAGUCGGUGGCUCUGUUUAGG